AUGACAGACAGGACGAGAAAGCGCGAAAAGACUGCGGCGGCGGACGAUGGCAACCCGGUGGACGCAUCGGCGAAGAAGAAGGCCAAGACAGAUGACGCGGUGCCGAUGCAACUGGUUGCGGAAACCUCCCCGAUGGGGGCACACAAAGCAACGCCUUCAGCUGAUGCUGAUGCUUCGCCAGCGGCUGUGGCAGGCUCUUGGUCUCCGCCUGCGAACGAGACAGAUUCGGCUGUGCCGUGCUUGAGGAAGCUGGUGCCGCAUACAAGAGCAAGAGCCAUGGAGUGGCUGCAGGACAACAUGAAAACGCAUGUGGGCGCAGCUGCGAACAUCGAGAAUGUGCCCCCGCUGAGGAUCCAGCCUCCAAGUGGCCAGAAGAAGCUGAGCAACGCGGCUGGAUACAAAGAGAUCUGGGACCUCAAGAACAUGAUGAAUUCCCUGAACAACUCAGGGGUGUACGAGGCCGGGUCCACCAUUUGGAUCUUGUCGGUCCCCUUGGAUGACGAGGUCGAGGACUCGUGGUCGAACUACGUCCAGCUGGGCAGCGAGGUCUUCGCCCGGUCCAACAAGACCGGACUGGUCGUUUUGGGCCUGAGCAUUCCGGCCUGUCUUGAUGCGGUGCCAACGACGACUUUGCCAACCUUUGUCAAGGCCAUCGGUGCGCAGAAAAUGUGCAUGGCCUUCUAUGUCAUGCUCGCCUUAGCGUUCAGGGAAAAGGAUGAGCAGCGGGUGAAAGAACUCAUGCUCCUCAGCCUGGGGGUGACGGUGUCCUUCUUUGUCAACUUGAACGAGACCGAGAGAAUCGUCGAACAGACAAGGGCAAAUUUCCAAGCAAAGUCGCUGGGGAAAAGCUGCGCAGACAGCUGGCUGACGUGGUCGCUGCGGGCAAUCCGGGUUGCUGAGUUGCACUCAGUGAAACUCAGCGGCAGUGACAAGUCGGCGACCGCGCUCGGCGAUCUCGGCUUGAAAAUGGAUGGAAAGUCGGUGAGCCGCAACCACACCGAGUGCUUGGGCUUGCAGCAGGCGAUGCUGACGGAGGACUCCAUCGCGCUCCUGCGGACGACGGAGAGGCUUUUCAAGGAGAAGCCUUUGACGCAGGAUUACACGAAGCUGCUUCGAAUCCUGAAGGUGGUCCAGAAUGCCAGUGCCCACCACAGGGCAAGCUAUGACAUGGUGGAAACCGCCAACUGGGUGAUUUCCGCAUGCUUGGUUGAGCUGCUGCGAGGCAGCGUGGAGCCCAGUUUCUUCACGGUGUCGGCGCUGGACCCCUUGCACAAACCAGGCUUCGUAGCACUGCUGAUCACCCGUCACCGCUUGAUCAACUAUCUUUCCUGUGUUGUUUCCGUGCUGGACGAUGCCGCCUCCAAGACCGAGAUGCAGGCGGUGCUGCAGCACUUCCUCACCCCGAUCGCCUUCAACGAGAAGUUUCCGGUGAGGUCAUCGGCUGCGGAAUCUGGCGGAAGCACUGGCCAGGAUCCAUCAGACGACAAGCAGGAAGAGGUGGCGGAGGAGGGCUCCUCUCCGCUGCAAGACUUGCAGGCCAGCCUCAAACACAUGUGCUCAAAGAAACUCGCCACCCUCCUCCACGACUGCAUGGACGGCGCCUACGACGAAGGGCUUGUGGAAGUGGCGACGAACUCCAAGUUCGAAGAGGUGGUGACGGAUCCUGCACAGAUGGAGAAGAGCGACAAAGGCGAUAAAAAGACCCUUGCCAAUCUCGUGGUCGCGGUCCGUGGUUUCCAGGCCAUGCUUGAAAAUGCACGCGCCGGCACGAGGAACUCCUGCAGCGAUACAUCGGUACCGUCGCUGUCACUGAGAACCCUUGCACGGCUGAGCUCCGACCCGGAGCUUCCAAGCGUACAGCUGGAGGAGCGAAAGGAGGUUUGGAGCAAAGCCCAGGAGUGCCGAAGAAAGCUUUGCCAUGUCGCGCAAGCAACCACCUUGGCAGAGAUCAUGGCCGCGGUGGAGCGAUUCAAGGAAAACGUGGUCAAACCGCGGACCAGUCUGAAGCUCAACGAGGCGCACAUGUUGGUAAUCCUCAGCUUGGAUUGCGUUCAGGAGCCCACAACGACGCCCUGGCGACCGACAAAGGCAGGAGUCGACAAGAAGUUGGUGGAGGCACCGAUGCAGUACCUGAAGACCUUGAACAAGAGUUUCGAGAUUGGCUUCGUCUUCGACGGCCGAAACAAAGGCCAUCGCGAGGCGGUGGCUGCAGACUGCCAGGACCUCUCGGAGGGCAUGGUGCUUUACCUUCCGCGCGAGCGGCGCGAGCGGGGGGCUUCGACCACAGAGGAUCGCUCCAGGACGGUGCCGUUCAGUGACAUGCUGCACGAGGCCUUCUAUGUCCGCUUUGGCUGCGGGAACAGGUCGAAGGUCGCCCUCGCCAAGAAGGACGAUCCCAAUGCUGGUUCCUUGUACCUCAAUGUGCCAAGGGCCACCGCUCUGCCGCGUGUCGCGCAGAGUGCAAAGCGCUCCGCGCUCGGGGUCGGGGUCGAGGUGGCAAUGGCACCGAAGAGCUACGAGGAGGAGGCCAUUCCGUGGUUUUGGUUGGAGGGGAAACCGAUGACGUUCUGGAAACAGUUCGUCCAGGGCUGGAGCGCGGGCUUCGUGGUCGACUUGAGGAUGACGACUCAGCUCCCACUUGCAUGCUUGAGUGCCGCGAUCCCAUACUUGGGAUUUGCGAGCUCUAGCAAGCAUGCAGCGUUUAUGUCCAACGUCUUGGACUUGGCAGCUCUGGAGCACAUAUGCAAAAACGGCCACUACCUCUACAGCCAAGAGCUCGCCAGUGCGGUCAAGGACUUGUACAGCGACGAGCUGGAAACCCCCAUCAACCAGGACAUCGCCGUGGAGUCCGACGGGGAAGCUGGCGAGAGCUGA